GGAGUCCGUGGGGAGGAGGAGGCUCGCGCGCAGAGCGGGGGCCGCGCGGAGCGGGAAGGAGCGCGGGGGAGCGGUAGGGCCCGGCUGGCCCAAGGGCGCCCUGCCUCGGGCCCGCGACAGAGGCCAAGAAGUUUGGCGGCUAGGGGUCCAGAGCCCCGGGGUCGCGGGGGGCCGGCAGUGAGGGCGGCGAGGAGAGCAGAGCCAUGGGGGCGAGCGCGGAGGCGGCGAGGCGCGCAGCUAGCUCCUGGAGCGGCACGGCCGCGGCGGCGCAAAGUUAGCCCGGCGCCCCGGGACGAGCGCCGCAGCCUGGGCCAUGGGCGAGCACCCCAGCCCCGGCCCCGCAGUGGCCGCCUGCGCUGAGGCUGAGCGCAUCGAGGAGCUGGAGCCCGAGGCCGAGGAGCGACUGCCCGCCGCGCCAGAAGACCACUGGAAAGUCCUGUUUGAAAAGUUUGACCCUGGGAGCACCGGCUACAUCAGCACGGGAAAGUUCCGGAGCCUCUUGGAGAGCCACAGCUCUAAGCUGGAUCCACACAAAAAGGAGGUGCUCCUGGCUCUCGCAGACAGCCACGCUGAUGGGCAAAUCUGCUACCAGGACUUUGUCAACCUGAUGAGCAACAAACGUUCCAACAGCUUCCGCCAGGCCAUCCUUCAGGGAAACCGCAGGCUGAGCAGCAAGGCCCUGCUGGAGGAGAAGGGGCUGAGCCUCUCACAGCGGCUCAUCCGCCACGUGGCCUAUGAGACUCUGCCCCGGGAGAUUGACCGCAAGUGGUACUAUGACAGCUAUACCUGCUGCCCUCCGCCCUGGUUCAUGAUCACAAUCACACUGCUGGAGGUUGCCCUUUUCCUGUACAACGGGGUCCUACUGGAUCAGUUUGUGCUGCAGGUGACACAUCCUCGAUACCUGAAGAACUCUCUGGUUUACCACCCGCAGCUCCGUGCACAGGCUUGGCGCUAUGUGACAUACAUCUUCAUGCAUGCAGGGGUGGAACAGCUGGGACUCAAUGUGGCGCUGCAGCUGCUGGUAGGGGUACCCCUGGAGAUGGUGCAUGGAGCCACGCGAAUUGGGCUUGUCUACGUGGCAGGUGUUGUGGCAGGCUCCUUGGCGGUGUCUGUGGCUGACAUGACUGCACCUGUUGUUGGCUCUUCCGGAGGGGUGUAUGCACUCGUCUCUGCCCACCUAGCCAACAUUGUCAUGAACUGGUCAGGCAUGAAGUGCCAGUUCAAGCUGCUGCGGAUGGCUGUGGCCUUGAUCUGUAUGAGUAUGGAGUUCGGAAGGGCGGUAUGGCUCCGUUUCCACCCAUCGGCUUAUCCCCCGUGCCCCCACCCAAGCUUUGUGGCACAUUUGGGUGGCGUGGCCGUGGGCAUCACCCUGGGCGUGGUGGUUCUCAGAAACUAUGAGCAGAGGCUGCAGGACCAGUCGCUGUGGUGGAUCUUUGUGACCAUCUACACCAUCUUCGUGCUGUUUGCUGUCUUCUGGAACAUCUUUGCCUACACACUGCUGGACCUGAAGCUGCCACCACCCCCCUAAGGGACCAGAGGACCAAGGCAGGGAGGGGAAACAGAAGCAUCCAGAGAAAGUACCCGCAUCUGCUUCUCAUCUCCGAUUCAGUGAGAGCAGGGAGAACUGGAGACUCUUAGAGCUGGGGAGUGCGUGUUGCUUUGGAAGGAUGGUGGGGAGAUGGGUGUGGCUGCUGUCUUCCUAGGCUGGUCUGAUGAUACAGGGUCAGGGGAUAAGGUCCAAGGCAGGGUGAGAGUGGCUGUCCCAUGUGUUCCCUCUCACUGCCACAGAGUGAGCAAAUAGCCCUCUUCCCUAGUCUCCCCCAGGAGAGACACUGAGACACAGAGAAGUUCUAAGGCUAGCCACAGCCAGGCUUGCCCGCAGCCCAGAGGCUAGGCCAUGCUCUCUCUGCAGCUCAAGGUCUGGUGUUCUGGCAAAGGAUACGAUGGCUUUGAUCCAGGGGAGCCCAGAGUGCCCCAGGCUUGGGUGCUGGGCAUGGCCCCUAGGGCUGGGCAAGGAGAUGCUGUAAGCUCCAGGCCUUCUUCUUGCCCUAGGGGAGGGCCCUGUGCCUGGGGCAAUGACCAUCAUCCUAGGUUCCCCCAGGAAAGUCCCAGGACCAGUUUUCCUCUUCCUGCCUGUAGUUAUGAGUCAGCAUCUCACACCAUCGCCCUGCAUCCAUGCCCUAUCUGGACUGUGGGGUCUUUUCUUUCCUUUCUACUGCCCUGACCCUACUUUGUGCCUCUCUCUUUGGGUGUGGAGACAGGGUUUUGGGGUGUGUGUGUGUGUGUGUGUGUGUGUGUGUGUGUGUGUGUGUGUGUAUGUGUGUGUGUGCAAUUUCAGGCAAGUUAGAAGCUGCAGAGGGAGGAAGUGGGAGACAAUGUACACAUGGGGAUAUCUAUAGGGAAUUUCUGGAAUGGGGAGCAGCAGUGUGGUCUUGAGUGCUCGCUCAGUGGCCUUGCUUUUAGCAUCAUGCACACCCCCCACCCCUUUCCCACCUCCCAAACACCUGCUGAGCACCACUGACCAGCGGACAAAUUGUCAAGCUAGAGGGAAGACCAAAGCUAGGAUGUUUGGGAGGAAACUCUCAGCUGUGUUCUUCUGAUUCUCUUGGUAGCUUUCAUGUCUGUACUGCCUCCUGUAGAAGGAAGUCUUUGGGAUGAAAGAAAGCUCAGGACAGUGAUUGUGUGGCCAUCUCUCCAGGUGAAUUGGUGGGACCAGAAGCUGUAGUAAAAUAUAUUUUGGUGAAAAACUUAGCCUCAGACAAGAGCUGGGGGAGCUCGGGUGAGUGUCCAGAAUGAGAGCAGCUGUCAGCUUUGAUGACUCCAUCUACAGGGACUUGGAAUUCUAAAGGGAAGUGAGGUUGGGGGCGUGGCCUUGUGCUGCCCAUAUCCCAGCAGCCUGGGGUGCCAGGGCAGGUGCUUGGCAAGGUAGCCAUAGGCUCAGAGCCCAGAGUCUUGUUCCUCUGAGACAGCCUACUCAGGCUGCCAGUAGGGGCUUCUGGGAACCCUAAGUGGAGGCCCUGAGGCAGAUGACCUUUGUAUUGCCUUUGGGACUCUCAGCCCCUGGGAUAAGGGGAUGAGGAACCACUGGUCUGAGAGCAGGAGCAAGGCAGGAGAAUGGGAACUGCUCCCGGUCCUCUCACCAUCCCAGCAACACUUCCCAGCUGGUCUCCAUUCUCCUGGGUCCCUCAGCCCUUCCUCUCCAGGGUGGCCACCCAUCGGGGCUGGGAUUCACUCCUCAUGCUGGAGGCUGGAGGUUGGCCUCAAAGGCUGGGGAAUCCCCAAACAACAGCUACGUUAGACUAGCUUGCUUUUAAAGGGGAAUGGAGUCAUGGGAACCAGAGAAGGGACAACAGGCCUUCAAAAAAGAGGAAUUUCUCUUUAAUGACAACAAUCAUCACUUGAUUUUUUUUUUUUAAAUUAGGAAAAGCUCCCUAAUGGGGCUCUUUUGACUCUGCAUUUCCAUGCAAACCAUUCUUGCCUCGAGCGUUAGUGAAGGCAUCGCUCACUGAACCCAGAUCUUCCUCUAGUGUCCAAUUCAGUUUGCAGAUAAUGAGGAUUACCCAGUGCUGUGUGCUUGCCAGGGCUGGCUGCAAAUCGUUGACUCUCCUCUGCCUUAAAAAUGGUGCCCGGUCAGUGAGCCACCCCUUCCAGGACUAGCCACAACACAACGUUGGUUUCUAAGUAUUUUUGUAUUGUGUACAUUCUGUAUAUUUUUGUUGUAACAUAUUAUUUGAGCACAGAUUCCAUUAAAGAUUUUUUUAAGCUA